AAAUUAAACAAAAAGAAGAAGAAGAAAAGAGGAAGACAUCAGUGCGAUCAGCUCAGCAGUGAAAGUGAAACCCUAGACACCGCCAUGAGACGCACCCUUCUCCGAAGUGCUUCCCUCUUCUCUCGCAACCUUCUCCUCCGCCCCCCUCCUCCUUCUUCUUCCUCCACGACCUCACUCCCCUCUCCUUUCGCCGCCGCAACCCGCUCCCGACUCAGGCUCUUCUCCUCCGACACCAACGACUCCUCCAAUGAAACCAAAAACGACGCCGCCCUCGAUAUCAAGGACGUGAGCAACAAAGAGCUGAAAGAGUUGAUGGUGAGUUACUUCAAGGGCGAUAACCAGGUUCUUCCGUCCAUCAUGGAGGCAAUCAUGCUGCGGAAGCUCUCCGGGAAGCACGAGGACACCGACGACGAGCUCAUGGACAGCCUUCGUAUGGAGCCCAUCGAUGACGUCGAUGACAAGGAUUUCGAGGACGAUUUCGAGGACCUAGUGGAGACUGAUGAGGAGAUCGAUGACCUCUACAAUGCCAGGGAUAUCGUCAUGAAGAGGAUGGUCAAGGAUGAGUUCUUCAACAUGGACGAGAAGAAGUGGGAUGAGAUCGUUGAGGAUGGGGUCAAGCAUGGCAUCCUUAGGGACACCAAGGAGUGUGAAGAGAUUCUCGAGGAUAUGCUCAGCUGGGACAAACUUCUCCCCGAUGAGAUAAAAAAGAAGGUGGAAAUAAAAUUUAAUGAGCUUGGGGACAUGUGUGAGAGAGGAGAGCUGGAACCCGAAGAAGCUUAUGAACAGUUUAAGAAGUUUGAGGAUGAGAUGGUUGCUGAGUACAUGAAGAUAAUGGAAACACAGGAGGCCCAGUCUUGCGAUGGUACAGCUGUCCCAGACAAGAAAAAGGAUUUAGAUGACCCACCUGGCGAAGGCCCGAUUCUCCGGUGGCAGACACGGGUAGUCUUUGCACCUGGUGGUGAUGCUUGGCAUCCAAAGAACAGGAAAGUGAAACUAUCUGUAACUGUGAAGGAGCUCGGACUCUCAAAGUACCAGUUUCGCCGGCUGAGAGAAUUGGUAGGGAAACGAUAUCAUCCAGGAAAAGACGAGCUUACAAUUACCAGCGAGAGGUUUGAACAUCGGGAAGAAAACAGAAAGGACUGCUUAAGAACUCUUCUCAAUCUCAUUGAGGAGGCUGGCAAAGCUAACAAACUGGUGGAUGAUGCACGGGCUUCAUACGUGAAGGGAAGGCUCCAAGCCAAUCCUGCUUUCAUGGAGAGGUUGCGAGCAAAGUCGAUCAAGAGAUUGCAAGAAUCUAAUCAGGUGCCUGCUUGAGGUUCUUCAGGUCUGAUGUACGAAUUUCGGACCCACCUUUCACCCGCCUUAAUUUGUCACUGCUCCCAUUCUACUUCUGUGAUUAUGAUCUUUCCUUUUUACACCGGAGUUAUAUUGUGAGCCAAAGUUGUGGCAAUAGCCUUUUCCGCAUGGUGGGCUGAGGUUGUAACAUUUGAUUCUCCGAGUACGCCAUAACGGUAGGAGAUUCAGUGCACUGAGCUGUUCUUUAGUCGUAUCUUUGAUAUUUAGAGAUAGGCAUCGCCGAUAAUUUACCUUUAGCAGGUGUUGUAUGCUAAGUAAUUGAUUUUUAUCAUGCUUCAAAGUUUUGUUUGCUUUUUCACCAAUAAAAUGUUUUUAUGUGUAAAUAAAUACAACUGACGGUCACUUGGAUA